AUGAGGAUCAGGAUAUUCUGGGUUUUGUCAGUAUUAUGUGCAUGCUGUGCUGCACUCGAAUCCGCAACCGGAGGCUCCGAUAAUGAAGAGUCGAGACACACAAACAACUGGGCCGUUCUGGUGUCAACGUCACGCUUCUGGUUCAACUACCGCCAUAUGGCCAAUGUCCUGAGCAUGUACAGAACUGUAAAGAGACUUGGAAUUCCAGACUCGCAGAUCAUUUUAAUGCUUUCAGAUGACGUUGCGUGCAAUCCGCGGAAUGCAUUUCCAGGAUCUGUCUUCAACAACGCUGAUAGAGCCAUUGAUCUAUAUGGUGAUAACAUUGAGGUCGACUAUAGAGGCUAUGAAGUGACAGUGGAAAACUUUUUACGGUUGUUAACGGAUCGGUGGGGACCAGAGCAUCCUCGCUCCAAGAGAUUGUUAACGGACGAGAGAUCCAACAUCUUCAUCUAUAUGACUGGUCACGGUGGUGACGAAUUUCUCAAGUUCCAGGAUUCCGAAGAAAUCAGCGCUUUCGAUAUUGCUGACGCAUUUGAGCAAAUGGCAGAGAAACACAGAUACAAUGAGAUAUUCUUCAUGAUCGAUACGUGCCAGGCAAACACGAUGUACUCUAAAUUCUACUCACCAAACAUCCUCGCGGUGGGCUCUUCAGAAUUGCACGAGAGUUCUUAUUCUCAUCAUUCCGACACCGAGAUAGGAGUUGCUGUGAUAGACAGAUUCACUUAUUAUAACCUCGAAUUUUUGGAGGGAAUCGAGAAGGACUCGCAGAAGACACUCCAGGAUCUGAUAGAUUCUUAUACGUUCGAGGACAUACAUUCCAAUGCAGGUGUUCGUACUGAUUUGUUUGGCAGAAACCUUUCGGACGUUCUGAUCACGGACUUUUUUGGAAACGUGCAAAAGGUUGUGGUUGACAACGUGGAAGACGAUAUUCUCUAUUUUACCAAUAAUGAUGAGACCGUCAAGAAACCACGGCCUAACACCAACUUUCCUUCGCCGAAGAAAAAUAUCACCAGGAUCAACACUGAUAUCGGAACUUCCCUGAAGUCUAUUCAAGUCGGAAAAACCGAUUCCAAAGCAGCAGCAGCGAGUUUAAAGGCUGUUUUGGCCUCUGCUGCUUUUCUUUCGGUAUUGACAUAUUUCUGGAAGUUUUAG